AUGGAACUGGUGGUCACCCAACCUGAGGGGGUAGUGGAGGAGCCGACCAAGCUCCCUUCCCUACUUAUCCUCUCGUGGGUGGUCAUCGGUUCCGCGGGGUUCCUACUUGGGUGGUUCAGUUCUAGAGCCUUCACCCGAGUGACCUCUUGGUGGCGAGCCCUCUACCAGCCCGGCAACUGGGAGAGGCUGGUGCACAAGGCGAUCUAUUUCGUGGGGCGCCGGAGGAGGAUCUCGUUGGCCUUCGGUGCCUACAGGCAAUCCACCUUGAGGAAUACACCGGCAGCUAAGCCGAACAUUGCCCGGAGAGCUCUACGUGCCCGGGCCGCUACACCCAGGCCGCCCCAGGCCGCUGGAUCGCCACUGAUCCUCAACGAGGGUCCGGCCAUUCUGGAACAAAUAGCGUCAGUACAAGACGCCCUUGAUUGGGCUGGAGUCGCUGGCGACCUUCAGCAGCAACUUUUGGAUGCAAUGGGAGGAGUGCAACGCGUACGUGAAGUGCCGCUCAUCCACCGACAGGCUUGGGACGAGGCAGUGGCGAGGCUGGUGGUCCCGGAAGCUAUAGACCCAGCCAUUGGAGGGCCACCCAAUGUCAGGCCUCUCAACCCGGUCGAGGGUGCCAGAGUCGAAUCCUUCAGGAGGGUGUGUCACCUGAGGAUUGGCCGUACCCCGGAUGAGAGAGGGGGUGGGCCAGUGCCCCUACCCAUGCCUCUUGGCGCUCCAUUUCCUCCAGCGGGUGGCAACGCCCAUCCAGGGGGAGGAGCCCAAGCUGGCAACCCUCCAAUGACCAGGAAGCUCAAGCUUUCAGCGGUCCUGGACCCCACACUAGACGCGGACAUACAGCCGUUGUCCACAGUUGAGCAGGCCCAGAUGUAUCAGUCCUACAAGGACAAGUUCGGCGACUACCCCAACGCUGACUGUGAUCCUAGCGGUGAUCAAGUGGCUGCACUUCGUCAAGUACUUGCUGCUGGAGCAGUUCCGUUUACGUGCUUCACGGUCUUCGGACCACACGGACAACGGAUGCUCCGUAAACAGACGUUCACGGGGUACCAGCUCAAUGUGGCCACUGGAGAGUGGAGCAAACGUGAGCUCCCGGGUCCCAGCUCGUACCAUGCCUGGUACCAAUGCUGGCGGGUCUUCAGGACGGCCAUGCUCCUGCUCGGGGCGUGUUGUGAUGCAGAGAGGUUGGACUCCUAUGCAGAAACCAUCCGGGGCUUCGUCACACAGUUUGGAGACGAGACGUGGUUCCUCAUCUCGAAGGCCGACUCCCAGAUGCGGUCAGAGCACCUGGAGCGCAUACGGCGCCAAUUGAGAAGCACCCCGGCCAUGGGGUUCACAGAGGCGUCACCCUGGUCAGCAUGCUUCGGAAUGGCGUGCAAAGACCACGAAUAUUGGGCCCGUGAGCUGCACACCCCAGCGACGCUCUUCUUGGCGCGCCACAAGCGAGAACCCGUACAGGGCCAGACGGAGGGUCCAACUGGGUCACCUACGAAAAGGACAAAGACGACCAAGGCAGCUCGCAGAGGAUACACGGGCAUGGACCACUCCAAGAAGGACGACACGGGGAUCUACACCAUCAACCGGAGGGGUGUCGAGAUCUGCAAGAACUACAACCAGAACAAGUGCGGCUCAACGGCAGCACAGGGGAAGUGCAAAGCGAAGAGGGCACAUCAGUGCAACCUGUGCCUCGGGCCCCAUCAAGCCGGCAGCAGGGCAUCCGGUGCCGCCCCUGCGCAAGCCCCGACACAAGAGGCACCACGACAGAGUGAAGCAGCAGGAAAGGGAGCCAAAAGGCCGAAGUCACCAACACUUCCGCCGACUCAGGAACAGCUCCUGGCUAUCCAGAAGCACAGAAGACCAUCGCCAGCUGACCCACAAGACGCUCCAAAGAAGGCCGAGCAGGGGGAUGCGGAACCUCAGCAACCUCACAAGCGGCAAAGAGUUGAAGAGGAGAGCAACAAGCAGUCUCUACCAGCCUCGACGCCGACGAUGGGAAUCAGGCAGGACCCAUGCCCGCCUCGGCAGUAUGGCUACUGGAUGCAUGGCCCUGGAGAUGCCCGGCUCAAGCCUUGGGCGCUCAUCCUUUUCUCCGGCCGCAGCAGGGAGGGCGAUCUACAACAUGCCCUGUGCAAUCUGGGAUGGAGGGUGUGCGCAAUAGAUGUGGUGGCACCUCGCCCUACCAACAUCUUGUGUGAAGCCACCUGGGAAUCCGUCCGGACAGACCUGGUGUCGGGCAAGUUCGAUGCCCUUAUGAUAGCCACGCCAUGCGAGACGUUCUCACCGCUGCGGGAGAAGCAACCUGGCCCCAGAGUUCUGAGGACUCUGGAGCACAUCCAAGGGCUUCCCAAAGCGGGUCUCACGCUGGCUGAACAGAAACAGGUGAAAGAAGCCAACGUCUUAGUCAGCAGGUCGGCAUCUGCAGCUUCGGCGCAAUCCGUGAACGACAAGCCCUGGUGCCUGGAAAAUCCAGAUCAUGGCGACGACCGGCCCAGCCUAUGGGUGAUGCCAGCGAUCAAGAGACUCCUCGAGGAUAAGGCCGACUCCAACACCUACUUUGAUCAAUGCAAAACUGGGUUGGCCACGAGGAAGCCGACAAGGUUGGCAUCGAGGGGAAUCGACCUGGCAAAGCUCAGGGACCUUAGGUGUGACCACUCUCCGCAACAACAAACGCGGGGAGACGGCUCGGUGUACCAGGCACCGCACCCGUCCACGGUCCAGCAAUGGGUGGUCAACAGCCAAGGACGAAGAGAGCGGGCAUCCAAAGCCCAGGGAGAGUACACUGCAGAGCUCUCCAACAUCCUGGCCCAGGCGUUUCAUGCCACGCAAACAGGGGCCACCUGGCUGAGGGAGGAGUUGGCAACAACUCCAAUUCCCUGA